CCAUACGCGAUAGAUGAUACACGCUGCUGCUGAGACGUGUCAAAAUAAAUACGCGCUAUUAGAGGUUUCCGCGCGAGAAAUACGAAGAUUUUUUUUUUUUCGGUUGCUUGUUGGCGCAACUGUUGCGGAAGAAAUUGAAGCUUCUUGUCAGUGCGGGUUGCGAUCGUGGGCUUUCUCGCGAGAUGGACAUUCUUGCCGUCGCACAUGGAGCAAGGUUUUUCACGUUUGCCGUCGUGGCUCACAGUUCCGCGGUGAGCUGGAAGAUAUCGCGCGCGUUUUUUCUUCUUCUUGGGAACUAGUCGCAGUGAGUGGUUAUUGUGAUCCAAAUAAACUGCAGUGAUGGUGAAUUUUCAAUGAUUGUGAAAUUUUCCUUCUACCAAAGUAGUGCUCUACUAGUUUUUAUUCAGUAUGUGGAAAAUGCACCGAGGUGAACCGAGUAUUGCGAUCGCUUGUUUGGAUUAACAUACUCUGCAAAGUGGUAAUUUCUUCCUUUACCAGUGAAGAUAAGAGUGAGUCUGAAGACGGUGCAACAGAGAUAGAUCGAAUAUAGCAUGUGUUGUUAGUAGUUUUUCGUGUGUGCUUCAAGAUUGCUAUUCUAAGGUUUGCUCUCGCACAAGUUGCAGUGAAGGCGCCACCAUUGGUCCAAAAUUGCACCAAACACAAACAAUCUGGCGGUGGUUAGACAACCAUCAAUGGCCGUUGGGCCACCGACGGGAGGAUCAGGAAAUCCUCCGCAAGCACCAGUUCAGCCACAUCCGAUUCUAGCACCGAGCCCACUGUUUGCCUUACCGACACUGAACUUUACUGCGUCGCAGGUUGCGACCGUUUGCGAGACACUGGAGGAAUCCGGCGACAUCGAGCGGCUGGCGCGGUUCCUAUGGAGCCUCCCGGUAGCCCAUCCGAACGUUUCGGAACUGGACCGUUCCGAGGCGGUGCUGCGAGCGAGGGCAAUCGUUGCCUACCACACGGGACACUUUAGGGAAUUGUACACGAUAUUGGAACGGCACAAGUUCACCAAGUCGUCACAUGGAAAACUGCAGGCGAUGUGGCUGGAGGCACACUAUCACGAGGCUGAAAAACUGCGUGGUCGACCGUUAGGUCCCGUCGAUAAAUAUCGCGUCCGGAAGAAAUUUCCGCUACCACGGACAAUCUGGGACGGCGAGCAGAAGACCCACUGCUUCAAAGAGCGAACGCGGAGCCUGCUUAGAGAGUGGUACCUGCAGGACCCAUAUCCGAAUCCGACCAAGAAGCGGGAGCUGGCGCAGGCCACCGGUCUCACACCGACACAGGUGGGAAAUUGGUUUAAAAAUAGACGCCAACGUGAUCGGGCAGCAGCGGCCAAAAAUAGACACAACCAACCCCCUCUGUCUGGUUCGGGAGCCACCUCAUUGACGCCUCGGCGCGGCGAAGCACCUCUGUCACCAACGGACACCGAUUCUGAUUCGGACAUCUCGCUGGGCACUCAUUCGCCUAUUCCGAGUAUGUCCCUGCAGCACAGUCCCAACUCACUACCUGGUUCCAGCGAGGAUCGGCUUAACGAUGAACAGGAGCGGGAGAAAGACUUCCGCAGUUUUGCGUCGCUCCACUCGUUCCGUUUCGGAGAUCAUCUGACGGGGGGAUUUUUACCUGGCUCGUUCAACAACAGAUUCAUGCCUUAUCGUCUCGGUGACAACUCGCCUCCGAUCAAUACUCAUUCACCCCCCAUAGGCCUGACGCAUCUUCCAAUCACCCCGACCGUACUCCGGCCGCAGCCUCAUUUACCAUCGUCACUUUCCGUCACAGCCCCGACGGCUACGACCACCUCGAUGAGUGAAUCUCCCAAUAGCAACAGCAGCGCAACCACCAGCUCCAUCAACAACAGCGGGCUGGGGGUCAGCUGUAACACACCUCUGAUGGCACCAAUGUCACCGCUCAGAAUACGGGUCAGCUCACCGAGCCGGCUCAACUCGGAUCUGCUACAGCACAGUUCGCACCAUCAGAGCCUCAUGAACGGGUUGAAUGCGAGCGGAAUUGUUCGGAUUGUUCCUAACACAACGACCAGUCUCCUUCACCGGCCAUUUUCGCCCUCUCCGAAACCGAAAGAGACGUCGUGAUAAACUUUACCGUCGCACCAUUCGCCAUCCGAUAGCCGUUCCGAAUGUGUAUUUCUUAGUAGUUGAUUAAUGUAGUAAAAAGAGAGAGUGCUAAAGCAAAAGUUGAAACUAAAGCAAAUAAAUUUCCUAAAAGUUGUUACUAAAGCCAUAAAGAUAAAGCAAAUUGUAUGCUUUUAAGUAAGACAUAUUUCUAUACGAAAGCACUGCUUUGGUAAAUUAGAUUUACUUUGAAACUUUUGGCAAAAUCACGUCAUAUUUAUUUCACUUUUUCGAUCGAUGCUACAUUAUGUAGCGAAAAGAAGGAGAAAUAACGCUCGCUUAUGUGACCCAGAAUACUCACUAGUAUAGAUUUCCUUGUGUGUUGGGCGGACCGAACUAUGAGACUACCAACACUAGGAAAUGUGCCCGAGGGCAAACAAUUCUGUCCGACCGAGCUAUUGCACAUGCGUACUAACGCUUCAAGCGAAGGGCCACUGGCAGCACUGUGUGCAACAUUUUCCCCUUGCAAUGCAACGCCGACUCGACACAGGAGAAAGCUGGUGAGCAUUCCAUCACUUGAGUUUUCCACACUUGCACGAGCGCAAUUUGUUCAUAGUCAUUAAAGUUAAAAAACAGGAAGACUACUCAAGUCGCAAAAAAUCAAUAACAUGAACGUGAAUAAAAGCUAGUUUAAGUGUAGAGAAAAUUAUUUAAAUUAAAUUUAAAACAUCCUAUUGUACAUAAUCUGAAGAUAAAAAAAUCGAAGCAAAUAAAGUAAACUUAAUUAUCACAUCACUGCGCUAAACUACAAACCGAAUAUGCAACACAUGGUGUACAAAAAUAUGCGAACUGCACGAAAAGAAGAACAGUGAAACAAUGGAAAAGGAUAUUCGCAAAACUCGUAGAAGUGCAUAUCUAUACGAAUAUGAAGGUAGCAAAAGAAAAUAAUUGAUCUAAAGUAGUGCUAAUUACUCAUCGACUUUGUUCGCGCCACUAUCACCCGAAGAGACGCAUUAGGCAUUUUACUUUUCCACAUUUAGUCCAUCGUUUGAGUUCAUUCUUCUUGCAAAGAAAUAAAGGACGGCCCACAUUUUACAGUGCGCCGCAGACAGCUUGAGCACAAAAACAUUAGAGUUGAAGCAAGACGAGAAACUACUAAAUUUAUUUAUCUGAACGAAACAGCUGAGCGAAUCCAACAAAAAACACAUCAACAAAAUGUGCAACUGGUGAUGCAAAAUCGUUUUGGACCUCAGGCAUAAACAAAUAAAAAAGAAGAAUAAAGACAAGCCGCGUCUAGCGGAUAGGCGAACUAAUAAGCACAUUACUACAACACAAAAUACCUUUAAAAUGCUGUGUAGAUGAAAAUAACACUUCGCGACGCUAAAUCGAGCAAAUGCUGCAUCAGUGAAAAUAAGUAGUACACAAAUAUGAAAUAAAAAAAUGAAAGGAAAUCGAACAAAUUUAUCCACAUAUAUUGUAAAUAAAUUGCUGCAAUCAAAUUAUAUUA